CCACGACUCCGGGGCGCUGUACUUUUUUGAAGCGCCUUUUAAAAACUUGUCAAUUUAUCUCGUAGAGUAUAGAUUAGUAGAUAGACAUCAGAGUAGGUUCAAUGUAACAAGUAUUGCCUAAAACAAAUUAGUUAACAUGUUUCAUACUGCUUGCAUUAUUUUGAGCGUUUUAUGCUGCUUUAUAUCAAAAAGUCAAGGAUUAUUCGGAGAGGACGAAGCAUGUUAUUCAUUCGCUGGUGGUACCGUUUAUCCAACCGGUACUAAACACGCGAGCCACCAGUUGCAAACUACUCAAGCCGUCAUUGGAAAACAGGCACCCUUUUGGGAGGGUACCGCAGUCAUUGAAGGAGAAUUUAGGGAUCUAAAGCUGACAGAUUUUAAAGGAAAAUAUUUAGUAUUCUUCUUUUAUCCCUUGGAUUUUACCUUUGUUUGCCCAACUGAGAUAUUAGCCUUCUCGGAUCGGUUGGCAGAGUUUAGAAAGCUAAAAACUGAGGUGAUUGCAGCUUCUGUCGACUCUCAGUUCACUCAUCUUGCCUGGAUCAAUACACCCAGAAAGGAAGGUGGUCUAGAAAAAAUCAAAAUUCCGUUGCUUUCUGAUCUCACUCAUAAAAUAUCAAAGGAUUAUGGAGUUUAUCUAGAGGAUCUUGGACAUACUUUGAGAGCUCUGUUCAUCAUCGAUGGCAAAGGAAUACUGCGCCAAAUCACAAUGAACGAUCUACCAGUUGGAAGAUCGGUCGAUGAAACCUUACGUUUGGUACAGGCAUUCCAAUAUACAGACGAACACGGGGAGGUCUGCCCUGCUGGCUGGAAACCAGGGCAAGACACUAUUAUUCCAAACCCGGUGGAUAAGAAGAAAUUCUUUGAAAAAAAUCUUUUGUAAUUACUUGAUGUUGUACAUUGUCUAUUUUUAUAUAAUUUCGAAGAAUAAAAAUAUAGUCUCUCUUUAA